CGAGCCGCGCGCGUUUCCCCAAUGGAUUCUACUCCUACAAACCUCAACACAUCGAUACUCCGAGACAAUUAUAUCCAGCCAACGCCCCCCGGAGUCGGUGAAUAAAAUCCCAUUAAUUACUCAAAGUGCAGUGAAAAUUCAAAUUACAAAGCUCGAGCAAUUUCCCACGACAGUUGGACCCUUUCAAAACCAGUGAUAACAACGGUGUACGGUUGUUACCAAUGAUUCCAGUAAGCUGUCCAUCAACUACUCUGCAAUUAUAAAUCCUGAACAUUAUGAGAAAUUCUCCCAGCGAACGCCACUCAAGACAUCCAACAUUCCCAUUUCAAGUGAAGUAUCCAAAGAACUGAGACCCCAGACGUGAUAAUGAUUAAAGAGUCAUGAAGAAUCUCGUGCUGAUGAUGAUGCUGAUGGGCUGGAUGUGCCACUGGAGUUGUGCUCGUUGGACAUCGGUGGAGGGCAUCUUAAAGAAUCCUUAUUCUCAAAAAAAUCGAACACUGGAUCUGUUCAGCUAUGAAUUCAAGCAUUUGCCUCCCAUGACAAUGGUUGAUGGGCAUGAUGAUGGGUUUGGGUAUCCGGAGGAUUUCCUCUUUCACCAUCGCCUGAAGAAUCCGAUAACUAAACACGGUAUCAGACACAGCGACAGAUUGUUUCGUUCCAUCGAGAUGAAUUCACGGUCUGGCCAAAUUGUCUGGCCGGUCAAGAAGGAAGCGGUGGUCGAGGGUAAUCUGGUGCUUGGUGGGCUGAUGAUGGUACAUGAACGCAAGGACAAUGUUACUUGUGGUCCAGUGAUGCCGCAGGGGGGUGUUCAAGCACUCGAGGCCAUGCUGUACACCCUGGACUGGGUGAACCGCCGGAAGAUCGUUCCUGGAGUUAAAAUCGGUGCACAUAUCCUUGAUGACUGUGAUAAGGACACUUAUGGAUUGGAGAUGGCUGUGGACUUCAUUAAAGGAUCCAUUAGCAAUAUCGACGGGGCGGAAUAUCACUGCAAUAAAACGGCGGUACGAAAGGUCAUCAGUGGAGUUGUUGGAGCUGCUAGUUCAGUAACGUCCAUUCAGGUGGCCAACCUAUUGCGUCUCUUCAGAAUACCACAGGUUUCAUUCUUCUCAACGAGUCCUGAACUCUCCAACAAACAGCGCUUCGAAUACUUCACGAGAACAAUUCCCAGUGAUCAUUAUCAAGUCAAAGCGAUGGUCGAUAUCGUCAGGAAGAUGGGCUGGAGUUAUAUUUCAAUAAUAUAUGAAGAGAGUAAUUACGGUAUAAAAGCUUACGAGGAACUUGAGGAGCUUUUAGCAAAAUAUCAAAUAUGCAUUGCCAUCAAAGAGAAACUUGUGAAGGAUUCCGGGGUUGCCGAUGAAACAGCAUACGACAGUAUCGUGCAGAAGCUACUAACGAAGCCCAGGGCCAGAGGGUGCAUUAUAUUCGGAUCCGAUCAGGAGGUAGCGGGCGUAAUGAGAGCAGUUCGGCGGUGCAACGCAACUGGUGCAUUUUCCUGGAUUGGAAGUGAUGGCUGGAGUGCAAGAGGAUUAGUCAGCAAUAAUAAUGAGCCCGAAGUCGAGGGCACAUUGUCUGUUCAACCGCAGGCAAAUCCUGUUGAGGGUUUCGAGGACUAUUUUCUCGGUUUAACUGUGGAAAAUAAUCGGAGAAAUCCCUGGUUCGUGGAGUUUUGGGAGGACCACUUUGAAUGUCGCUAUCCAAACUCCUCCGAGACACCUUACAAUCAGAAGCACAAGAAGAAUUGCACCAGUCAGGAACGUCUGACAAAGCAGAAUACAGCCUUUGAGGAUCAACUGCAGUUCGUUUCAGAUGCUGUUAUGGCAUUUGCUUAUGCAUUCCGAGAUAUGCACGCUGACCUGUGCCGCGGGGAGUUUGGCCUUUGCGAUGCUAUGAAACCUACAAAGGGCACAGAACUACUGAAGUACCUCAGGAAAGUCGAAUUCAAGGGUCUGACAGGUGACCAAUUUCACUUCGAUAAAAACGGAGACGGCCCUGCCAGGUACAAUAUCAUUCAUUUCAAGCAAGUUUCACCAGGAGUCUACAAGUGGAUACGAGUUGGACAAUAUUUGGAGGGAGAGUUGAGUCUCAAUAUGUCAGAUAUCCAAUUUGGCCUGGGUAAUCCUCAACCACCGGAGAGUGUUUGUUCGUUACCCUGCCGGGUCGGCCAAGCAAAAAAAUACGUUGAAGGCGAAAGCUGCUGCUGGCACUGCCUGGAUUGCACCCAGUAUCAGAUCAGACAUGCGGAAGAUCAAACGAGAUGUGUGCAAUGCCCCCAGGGGACAGUUCCCGAUGAAACACAUUCCCAUUGCAAGGAUAUUCCCGAGGAAUUUCUCAAACCCGAUAGCGGAUGGGCUAUCGGCGCCAUGUCGUUCUCUGCCAGUGGAAUACUUGUAACAUUAUUCGUCGUCGGCGUAUUCUUCAAGAACAACGAUACCCCCAUAGUUCGUGCAUCCGGUCGUGAAUUAUCUUACAUUCUCCUGACCGGAAUUCUCCUCUGUUACUUGGUCACAUUCACCCUAGUACUAAAACCAACGGACAUUGUAUGCGGUAUCCAGAGGUUCGCUGCCGGCUUCUGUUUCACCGUAGUAUAUGCAGCUCUCCUCACUAAAACUAAUAGAAUAGCUCGUAUAUUCAAAGCCAGCAAGAAGAGCGCCAAGAGGCCAUCCUUCAUAUCACCAAGAUCUCAGCUCAUCAUCUGUACGAUGCUCGUUGGUGUUCAGAUUCUUAUCAAUGCUGUUUGGAUGGUGAUUGAUCCAGCCAAAGCGAGACAUCAUUAUCCCACACGGGAAGACAAUCUUCUCGUCUGCAAUAGCUACAUCGAUGCUAGCUACAUGAUAGCAUUCACCUAUCCGAUUAUAUUGAUCGUCGUCUGCACGGUGUAUGCAGUAUUGACGAGAAAAAUACCUGAGGACUUCAAUGAGAGCAAACAUAUCGGGUUCACAAUGUACACAACAUGUGUAAUUUGGCUGGCAUUUGUACCGCUUUACUUCGGCACUGGUAACCAUGUUGCUCUGAGAAUUACCUCAAUGUCUGUAACAAUCAGUCUCUCAGCAUCGGUGACUAUAGCAUGCCUAUUCAGUCCCAAGUUGUACAUAAUCCUCAUUCAUCCUGAGAGAAAUAUUCGACGUGGAAUGGGGCCGUUCAGGGGCACUACACCGAAACCUACUAAUUCAAGUGGUCGGAAUAAUACAUCUAUGAUGGCCACUGUUACGCUCACUGCUGUUACUUGUGACCAGAACAAAGCGGUUAAUAAACUUGUUGUUACCACGAAUGAUUGUUCUACGCAGAGCGAGCAAUUCGAGAUGGACGCAAUCGAGAGAAAGAAUUCCAGGCCUCCGCCAACAUUAGUGAACCGAUCGACGCAGACCCCCUUAAACAUCAAUGGAAAGGAAAUAGACGUCGUUAUGUCUCCAGUAAUCAAAGGUCUGAAUAUCGACGAGGCCCUUGAUUCGGUGAAAUCGAUAAACAAUACCAAGAUUGGUAAUGGUCCACUCAAUAAAAAUGAAUUAUCAGUAUAGCAGAACAAUAAGAGAGUUCAGACGCUAGUUUUACAAGCUGAUCUGAAGCCCAUUUCCAAGCGACCGAUAAUUGUGUAAAGUAUCUCCUUAUUUUCAUUAUUUAUUGCAAUUUUCUAUUAUUGGAGUCAUGAUAUAUCGAAACUGGACCACAAACUCAAACGAAAUAAUCACAAAAUAUUUUUUCAAGUGAAAAUCCAUUGGAAAAAUUAUGUAUGUUUAUGUUCUAGGGAGAAUUCUCCAUUUAAAAUGAUCUUCCUUGACAAAAAUCCCUUGAUCUUGAAUUGAAAUUAUUCCUCAGGCUUAAUGAGAGGAUAGGAACAAUGAAUUUGUAGAUGAAGGGUGACUUUUUUUACUGGAGUUGUAGCAACUUCAAUUAUUUCACAUGAAAAUGUGAAUAAAGCGAAAUAAAAAAUGAAUCAAUGGUUCAUUCUGCACUGUGAUGAUAAAAUUACGUAAUAUAUUACUAGUCAAAUGAAAUUAAAGACUAAGGUAAAUUUAAAUAAUGAAUUGUAAAUGAAGAAUGGUUAUUUGAUUGAACACAACAUCUGAAAUUCACUCUCUUCAUCACUGUGAGCUUUUGAAUUUAUGGAAAAUUAAUGUUAAAAUACUAAUAAAUAUGUAAAUGAACUAGUAGAUAAUUGAGGAGAGAUUUAUGCGUUGAAGAAUUUAUAUUGAAUCACUGAGAUCAGAAAUAAUGCCAAAUUUUAUUAGGAACAAAAUCGUAUUAUCUUGUUGUACAUAACGAUGGACUCGUAUUUAAUCUGUAAAUAGCAGUUAUAGAUAGGGAAAUCAAUUGUAAAUAUUUCAAUGAUAAAUAGAUGAUGUUAUUCUAUCGAUAACUUAUUAACACGUCGUAUUAUGUGUAUAUAAAAUUUAUCUAUCAAGAGUAAUAUUAAUUGAGAGCGUGUGAAAAUGAGUGUAAAUGUAAUAUACAAAUUUAUGUCCAGUUAUCAACGAAUCAUUGAAUUAUAAAUUUAAAUUCAAUGUACAAUUAAAAAAAAUCUACAGACUAUUGGAAUUGAAUUGAGUGUAUGUAGAAAAUUUUAUUUAGAUUUAUCAAUGCGUCCGAUGUAUCCUUAUCCGAAUUAUCACAACAUCGUCCAACGCAGAUUUUGUAAUUAUGGAGGGAGCAAUGUGUCUUGUAAUGUCUCGUGUAUGAAAUUUAAAUAAUUAUAUUUCUGGUUGAAUUUUGCUCAAUUGUGGUGGUCAGACUCAAUAAUUUGAUGGUUGAUUUUUUUUCUGUAACUCUGGUUUUAGGGAGAGUAAAUAGUUUCAAUUGAGUAGACAAACGAUGAGAAGAGACGAGCCGAACAUUUUCAAAAAUCUGAGGAAAUAAUUUUCAGGGGAUAUUUUUGCUGGAGAUGCCAUUCGCGGAAAAAUUCAUAGCUAAA